UAGCACCCCCCAGUGUCCCUCUGCCACCCCCCCUACCGCUUCGGCACCCCCGACUCCCACCACCCUCCACACACACCAUCCUUCUUUUUUUAAACCUCCAGCACUCGGUUUUCUCUAGAGGAGGCACAAAGAGAAGGCAGAGAUGGGACGAGCAGGGAGAGUACUCCUCCCUCAUCGGAGCCACCAGCUUUCAGGAGAGCGCGGCAGCCCCCACCUGCCUGUGGACUGACCACUGAAAGGCUGAUACAAACCUGGGCUACGCAGGUGAUGAGGAAUGGAGGCUUCAGAACCCACCCACCCUGCCCCAUCCUCCAGGGACCAGCCAGCUCCUGCCCCUGGUGUUCCAGGGGGCCCAGGUGGGCAGGCCUCACCUCGCCUGACCCUGGGCCCUGUCAUCCUGCCACCAGAGCAGGGCUUGCCCCCAACUGUGUUCCUGAAGGCUUUGCCUGUCCCUCUGUACCACACAGUACCUCCUGGGGGUCUCCAGCCACGUGCACCCCUGGUGACAGGAAGUCUGGAGGGGCCCAGCGUACCUUUCAUCCUCAGUCCCUUGCUGCAGCCCGAAGGGCCCAGUCCCACCCAGAUGGGCAAGCCGACCACCCCGGCCCUGACUGUGAACAUUGUGGGCACACUGCCUGUACUCUCCCCGGGUGUGGGGUCCACGCUGGUCAGCACAGGCAGGGUGAAGAAUGCUGGGAAGUACCUGUGCCCACACUGUGGCCGGGAUUGCUUGAAGCCCAGUGUGCUGGAGAAACACAUCCGAUCCCACACGGGGGAGAGGCCCUUCCCGUGCACCACCUGUGGUAUUGCCUUUAAGACCCAGAGCAACCUAUAUAAACACAGGCGGACACAGACACAUCUCAACAACUCUCGGCUGUCCUUGGAGUCUGAAGGGAGUGGGAGCAGCCUUCUGGAAGAAGGAGACAGGCCUGGAGAGACUGCCUCAGUGGAUAGCCGGGGAGAUGAAGGAGCGCCAGAGAGAGCGCUUUCCCCAGGUGCCCAUCCCACCCUUGCUACUAAGAACAGGGAACGGAUGAUAGAAACAACUUCCUGUCUUGGAGCCACCCUCCCCCACAGGGAGGCCCCUGUGGACCAGCCCCAGAUGGUGUCACCUGAGCUCCCACUAGCCAGCCCACAGCCUAGGCGGAAGCUUCCAGAACCAAAGCCAUCCUCCUUGCAGAGGCAGCAGGAGACAUGCGCAGAGAAGCCCUGGGACUCCAAGGCCUUGGAGGGCCAGCUGAGGAAGUGUGAGAGCACAGACUCGGGCUACCUGUCCCGCUCAGACAGCGUGGAGCAGCCUCCUGUUACCUCCAGCCCCUUGCACAGUCUAUCAGAGCACAGUGCAGAGUCCGAGGGGGAGGGAGGUCCCGGCUGCGGGACUUCGGGCAACGGGGUCGAGCAGGGAACGCCAGGGGCCAGCCUGGAGCUAGAGAAGAAGAAACUGGAGGAACGCAUUGCCCAGCUCAUCUCCCACAACCAGGCAGUGGUAGACGACCCACAGCUGGACCACGUGCGGCCCCGCAAGACUGUGCUGUCCAAGCAGGGCAGCAUCGACCUGCCCAUGCCAUAUACCUACAAGGAUUCCUUCCACUUUGACAUCCGGGCGCUGGAGCCCAGCCGCAGGAGGGCUGCGCUCAGCCCUGCUCGUUCUACCUACACACCCCUGGAGAAGGCCAGACCCCUCUUCUUCCACUCUGUCCCCACACAGCUCUCCACCACCGUGGAGUGUGUCCCUGUCACCAGAAGCAACUCAUUGCCUUUCAUUGAGGGGUCGAAGUUGUGGCCAGAGCCGCGGGACCCACAGGAUGCCUUUCCCAGGAUGCAGAAGGCCCUGAGCCCCAGGCUCACCCCAGCUCGGCUGGGAGACCGCCCAGGAGUGACCUUGGCAGGCAUCCCCAGUGGUCACCCUCGGGCCCUGGUGAGACAGGCUGCUGUGGAAGACCUGCCGUGCACCCCUACUGGAGACCCCUCGGCUGUUGCGGAGGACCUCGAUGGAAAGAGGGCGGCAGUAAAGGAGGGGGUGGUAUGCAAGGGCAGAGCCGGUAAGAAGUACAACCAGAAGAAGCAGAUGUUCUCCCAGGAGAAAUGGCAGGUGUAUGGGAAUGAGACGUUCAAGAGGAUAUACCAGAAGAUGAAGACCACCCACCAGGGAGGACAGAAACACAGGGAGGUGAAGCAGGGCCAGAGGUCGCGACUGGACCUGCCUCCCCAGGAAGAGGUAGUAGGGACUGAGGGUGCAAGCCUGUCUCGAGACAAUAGGAUCCCUGUCCUGGGGGAUGCCACAGCAGGGGCCAAGCCAGGAUCUUGGGGAAGUAGACCAUCCCUGGAGGACUCAUUGGAGACUGGGUUUCCUAAGCAACUGAAGGCAGUGGCCAGAGCCAAGUCCUCUCCUACCCUUGGCAGCACAGAUGCCCUCUGUCUAAGCAGCAAAAGCCCUCUGCUCCUUCCAUGCGAGAAAUCCGACCUGAGAUGUCAGCUGUCUCCAGAGCCUGUGCCCCUCCAAGGAAGAGACUUAGAAGCUCCUGACAUGGCUUUGCCAGACCCCGGUGAGGCUAUAAAAGAAAGCUGCCCUGGGGACCAAACUGUCCUCCGGCGGCCCAGUGAUGGGUCUGUGGGUCCCCAGCUUGCAGAAGACAAGUCACCGUCAGAGAGAAAGCGACUAAAGGUGGAAGGACUGGACCAUGAGGAACAGCUAGGGCCUCUGGAAGCUGAGGCUUCAAGUGGCUUUCUGCGGACUGACUCCCAGCCACCCCAGAAACAGGUCAGUGAUGCUGAGGAGGUUCUGGGUAGCUCAGCUGAGAGUAUCCAGCAUGUGACCAUGACCCUGAAGUCCUCUGAUGCCUCCUCAGCUGUUUCUGCUGUUGCCCUGAGGUGGCCAGGGCUAGGAGACAAGGAUCCCACAUUACCUUCUGUAUCUAGGAUGUUUGGACUUCACUCCCUGCUGCCUGCCCAGCCCCAGGAUCCUGGUGUUCCCACUGCUGUGUCAGGUGGUUCCUUUGCUCCCAAGUACCUCCUCAGGUUGCCUCAGGGAGAGAAGCCCUCACCACAUGUUGCUCUGGGGACUGGGAAAGGCCCCGACUCUCUGUGUACAAGUGCACAGCCUACAGAACAGGCCCUUCUCGCUGGAUCAGAAUUGGGAAUGCUCCGGCUACCUGGAGCACACUCAGGCCCAGGUGAGGCAGCUGGCAGCUCAGAGGAUCCUAGCUGGUCCAGGUCACUGGAUGGAAGAGAAGAGGCACAAACAGGAAGCGAGAAAAGAGACAGGGCCGACAGCAGCAUUCCCAACACCGGCACCGCCCAGGAGACAGCCUCCAUUGUGCCUGCUCACACAUGUGACAGUCAUGUGACCAAGAAUGCAGUGGGUGAGAGCCACGCCAUCCAUUGCCUCUGCAGAGACAGCCCACCAGCAAGAGCUGGAACAUAUGGGAAUCUCUUGAACCCAUGGACAUUGUUCCAGAAGCUGGGAACACCUAGGAAUGCCCUAGAAGGUCCUUCUUCAGAGACCAAGGAAGGGCUGCCUGUCUGCUUUCCCUCCCAAGCACAUUAUUUCCCCACAUCUUUCACAAGGCCCCAGGGUUUACCCCUGGGCCAGCAGAAACUGGCCUUGUCACACCACUUAGGGACCCCCAGAAGCUGUGAGGCCCCAAGCUCCUUCCCUUCACUUAAGGCUGAGCCUCAGCUCACCUGGUGUUGCUUAAGUCGCAGCCUGCCCCUGGCCGCAGAGCAACAGAGGGCAGCUCCUGGGCACUUGUCUCCAUGCUCACCUGAUAGAAGCCUCCAGGGUAAGAGUGACAAAGGGCUGCUGCCCAAGAGCAGUGGAGGACGGACCAAGACAAGCCGAGGAGGAGCGACUUCGAGGGCACCUGAGCUUCCCUACCCAGCAGUCUCAGAGGCAAGGGCUCAGGACCAGGUAUCCAGUCCACAGUGGAAGAAAGGACUGUGCCAUAGGAGGGUGAAGAUAUCUCAUGAGAACAGCAAGCAGAAGAAACUGAGGCUUCAUUCCAAGAGAUAUGAAGGACGUUUCUGGCAGAGAGCCAAACGACUGUGCAAGCCACCCUGGUUGUCAAGAAGAAACUGUCUCCCCCAGCAACUUGAGGGGUUGGAGCCACGAGGGACCCUUGGGACGGCUUCAUCAGAAGUGGCAGGUCUAAAUCUGCAGGGAGAGCCAUCUUGUGCCAGCACAGACUUGCCUGUUGGUCAUGGGAACAAAGAGAAGGACCGUGAUUCCCAAGAGACUUCAGAACCCAUCGCUCCUGACACAAGCUCAAAAACCAUCCUGGAACGAGACAGUUCAACUCUGAAGGAUGUUUCUCUAUCUGCUCGUGAGCAUAAUGACUGUUCUCUGGAGAAGGAGUGUGCUGAUGGCUCAGGACUAUCUCUGCAAUGUAAUGCAUACUUGGCAGUGUUUCAGGAAGAUCCUCUGCUCCAGGGCAAGAGUUUUGAUGCUGGACGCGCAGGGACUCCACUGCCGCCUUCCCAGGAACAAGUCUCCAUAGUUCCCAACCUGAGCAUCUCCCCAGAUGUUUCAGAGCCGCCUCCGUCCUUUAGAUCUAGAGGGACAUUUCCCCACCAUGACAUUGCUACCUCUGUGGCUGCCACCUGUGUUUCUACAGGGACACGAACAGGACACAAAACACUGGAGGUUCACAGUGCAGAGUCCUAUGCAGAGGAGGCUCCGGCACAAAGCUCUCCAGAUAGGCGAGCCAUACCAGAAAGCAUAGCACAGGCGCUUCUGCCAGGGAGACCUUCACCUGGCAAAAUAUCACCUGGAGAAACCCAUUUAGAAAUACCGCCAUCAGGCCCAAGUUCAACCAGUUCACAACAGGAGGAAGUAGGACCCCAGGCAGAUUUUCCUUCCUGGGGCCAAUAUGGACAUGGGGGAGUGGCCAUGCAGUCUGCUGCUUUAGGGGGUGAGAGUAGGACAUGUCACACUGAAGGGUUAAUUACCCCCAAGAGUGUCACGGCUCCUUCUGACCAAGGGCAACCCUCCGAAGUCUCUGAAGCCCCCUUGAGAUCCCUCCGAAAAAGGAGUUUGGAAGGAAUGAGAAAGCAGACUCGGGUAGAGUUCAGUGACUCCAGCAGCGAUGAUGAAGACAGACUGGUCAUCGAGGUAUGAUGUGCCUCCAGAGAAAGAUGGUGGCCACGGCCAAGGCCUGGGGAUCCUCCGAGACAGCAUGACCAAGUGGAAUGGGCACUGAGCUCUAUAAAACAUCCAUAGACUCUGAAAGCCAUCUGAGAUUCCUUCAAGCCAGCUCUAACCAACACCAUGCCCAGAUCCAGCCUUACCUUCUUCAGCUUCUCUCAGACAGACUUUGGCCUCUUCCCACUGUCACCUGGAAGAGUCAAGAUGGCCAGCAGUACACUCUCAAGGGGCUCCAACUUGAUGCAGUAAUCUGCACUGCCUCAUCCAGUAAAAUGACACUGACCAGGGAAGAGCCAUAUGUGACACUGCUCCUGACCAGGGACACCCUGCAAGAUCACGCCCCUGACCUCUUCAUCACUAUGUGACGAGUGGCAAGCACACCUGGAUCACUGGGGAGGGGGGCUUGAGGAAAAAGGAUGGGGUGUGAACUGAGCAUCAGGAUGGUUCUGCGAACUUUUGAAUCCAGAUGCAUUCAAAAACUGGUCAGGGCCAGCCAUCCCAACGGACAGUGUAAAUACACAUCACCAUGCCUAGAGCCCUUUUAAAUGUUGCACAAAUGGUCAAUACUUGUUUCUGGUUCAAAAACACAAGCACGUAUGGGCCCUUGUACCUGGUGCCUUUUCUGUGAGAGACCCCCCCUCCUAAAAAAAAAACGUGGUGGUUUUUGUUUUUUCUUUUUUUAGAUCUUGCAAAGGAACAUUGCAUUAAGUCAGUAAAAUAGUCACUGGAAUGAGUCAUUUUUUUAAAAGGGGGAAAAUUCACUUAUUUUCCUCUGAUUAUUUUUGUCAUAUUGGGCUCUGAGCAGUUUCAGAGGGUUACAUUUUAGUAAUCUGUACAGCUUGAACUGAUGCCUGUGCCUCAUGAUGGAGUCUUUCAGGCUUCCUCCAGAAGCUUCCAGGACAUUAGUUUUAAUUGGAGUUUUGACGCUGUUUUACAUCUUGGUAAUUUUAUUUUGGGGACUUGGUGUUAUUUUGCUGUCAAAUUAAAUCAGCCUUUAUAUUGUGCAUUUCAGAACAGCACAGAUCAAAUCCCCCAGUUCCCCAAGCCAGUGCGCCCCUGCGUAGAGGCAAAUAGGUCUGCGUCAGUCAGCCCUCCACACAGGCCCCGGGUUCCCAGCCUUUCUCUUCUUCCCCUUAAUUAUAUGAGAGGGAAACUUCAAGAAGUUUACACUGCCCAUUCCUCUAUGAUUUUCAAUUUGCCUUGGUAUGAUUUUGUACAAUUUGUGAUUUCUAGCCAAACUUUUGGCUUAACUCUGAGGUAAUGAUGCUCAUGUGACAUCCUGUGCUCUCAGGCAAGGCAGCCAUGAGAAGCAUCUCACACUCGUGAACAUAGUUUCCUAAGCCCUUACCUGUGAGGAAGUAUGGUACAAUUUCAAGUACUUUCACGUAACCUUUCCAGCUUUGCUGUUAUCCACAGAGAGCCUCAAUGCACGAACAGAUUCCUGUUAUUAUAUACCUAUGUCUGUGUUCAUCAUACACAUGUUCAGAAAUAUCUCACUGAUCUCAAACCCAGCCAACAGGAGUUGAAAAACUAGACAUCGCCUCUGUAUGCUUCUUAAAUCAAAUGAGAAUGACAUGGUGAUCGGCUACCCUUUGGAUGGCCUGUGCCCGACAAGGGCACUGGAAGAAGCUGUCAGAGCCCCGUGGAAGAGAGACAUGAUCCUGAUUGGGUCUUUGGCUGGGAGACCUUGUGACGGCUGCCUCUGUGCAUGUUUCCCUGGAUGAGAAUGAGACCUGGGCAGAGGAGCUAACUGUGUUGUGGGGGCUGAAUCCUGGUGGGAGUAGCUGAUAGAGAGACCAUGGCUCCCUUACAUCUGUGUCUUCAUAGCUUGGAAAUGUCCCCGAGGAAGCCAUUGCUCCAGAGUUGUCAUUUGGGGGACUGAUUCACAAAUACUGUUAGGAUAUUACUGCUAUGUAGCAUGUGAGCUGAGGGAAGGUUCAUCAAGUUCCUCCCCCACCAGAAUUCUUGAUUUUGGGGUACAAUCACCUACCUUAUAAAUCAGAAUUAUAAAACAAAGGGCACAAACUGAGUGGAAGAGAAUAUGUAUGUAGGAGGAUCUGGCUCCUUUGCCUCAGCAGGUACAAGCCAAGAGAAGAAAAAUUACCUUUUAGAUCAGAGGCUCUCAACCUAGGGGGCAAGACCCCUUUCAUAGGGUCACCCAAAACCAUCAGAAAACACAUGUUUACAUUAUGGCUCACAACAGUGGCAAAAUCACAGUUUUGAAGUAGCAGUGAAAAUAAUUUUAUGGUUGGCGGUCACCACACCACGAGGGACUGUAUUAAAGGCCACCCUACCAGAAAGGUUGAGAACCGCUGCUCUAGAUCCUUAUUUCCAGGUGACUACUGAAAUCUAAGAGGGUCACCAUGCCCAUGUCAUAACUGUGGCCCUAAAAAGCACACUAUGCCACAUGUCACAUGUUCUGCCUCUUCUGGGCCACCAUAGCCAGCUGCCACUCCCAAGCCUAUAUCCAACAUUGUGAGAUAUUGAUUCUAUCUUUAAACUCCUGUGUCUCUUACAAAGACAGGCAGCUCACCAGAUCCACCACUUCACCUGGUCAUUUAGUGAGUUUCAAUCUUCCCAGGAGUCCUUUACUUUAAAUCAACAUGAAUUUGUGAACCUUGUAUUUCAAUAGAUUUUUUUUUAAACCAAACGAUUAUUUUGAAUGAGCUUGGGAGGAGCUAGCUGCUGAAAAUUAUCCUAAAGUAAGAUAUUGUUUGGUUUGGUUUGGUUUUAAUGGGAAGUCCUUUUUGCAAUACACACACACACACACACACACAUACACACACACACACACACACACACAUAUAUAUAUAUAUAUAUAUAUAUAUAUAUAUAUAUAUUAUAUAACAGUCACUGGUUUUUAUAAAUCUAAUUUUCUUAAGGCAAAAUACAAUCAUAAGAAAAUUAUGAGAAAACAUUCAUCCAUAAAACCCAAAACUCAGCUUGUGUUACUAAAAUAAAAUUCUGGUAUUACCAGUUGAUCAUUGCUGCAGUUUGACAAUAUUACAAGCACACAUCACAUGAUGGUUCAGGGAAAACACAUCUCUUUUCUGUGCUGAGGAUGGAGCUCAGUGGUAGAGUGCUUGCCUGGCAUGCAUGCAACCCUGGGUUCAAUUUCCAGCCCCACACAUAAAAAAAUGUUUCACAACAAGGCCAGUGCAUUCUUUGCCAGUACUGCUACCCUUAUGUACCUUCAUGUAGGAAUCUUAAGCAAUUGGUGCCUCAACUUCCUGCAUGGAUAUUAGCUCCAGGGAUACCUGCAUGGACUGUGAGAAAGAGGCUUCAGAUUCUUUGCCAUGCAAGUGCCACUGAUCAUGGUGACAGCUACUGGCCAUUGACUGUCCUCCUUAACUGCUGUGCCUGGCUGAAUUUUGAGAUGCAUGGAGUAACAAGGUCUCACCUCUCCACUUGGCCAACUCUUAAAGAUUUGUGAGUUUUGGUUGCCAGCCUGACCCGCCUCCUUGUAAGGUGCCCUGGGAACAGCUCUUGCCUCCUGUUAAGUAUAAGCUUGGUGUUUCAGAGGAAGCGAAGACUCAAGACCCAAGGCUCACAACUCAUAGUAACCAGGACAAUCUGUCAUUUGUUUUCAAAGUGGUGGUGGGAGAGAAACAGAGA